AGUUAAGUACCAAUACUGAUGUGUCGUCCACAAACUUCAAAAUAUGAGAGCAGGGGUGUUUGGCAGUGCAGUCAUAGGUCAGUAGUGUGAAGAGGAGGGGGCCCAGCACACAUCCCUGGGGGGAGCCAGUGCUAAGGGUGAUGGCCAGAGGAGGAGACCGUGCCGUGGAUCCUGACAGUCUGUGGUCUGUUGGCGGAGGUGAAGUUCAAGAAGAGAAGGCGGACGUAGGAGUUCCUGCUUUACAGUUCAUCUCCCUCUGCAUUGGCCUUGGUAAGGCCAUGCUGAGAACACCCCUAUGGAAGCAUUGCGGCGAAAGACGCCCUGAAAUCCCUCCGCGUGUCUUCAAAGACACUGGAGGGAUGACUCUGUUCCGUGACGCCGAAUGGAGCGGUUUCCAGGCUUAUGGACAAAACACACACCCAUGGACUACAACACAGAUAUGCACACAAGGAAGACGGAACGGGAUGCCACAAGCUGGUCGUCGGACAAAUUGAAAAGCCUCCUUCUGGGGUUGUGCGUGGAGAACGAGGAGGGCUGCUGCGAGGUCUCCGAGGUCAGCAAGUUGGAAGGCGAGGCGUCGAUCAACAACCGCAAAGGGAAACUUAUUUUCUUCUACGAGUGGAACAUGAAGGCAACUUGGACCGGAAAGUCAAAAUCAGGAAUCAAAUACAAAGGGACCGUCGAGAUUCCCAACCUGUCCGACGAGAACGACAUGGAGGAUCUGGAUAUCGGCAUCUCACUCAACAAAGAUGAACCGGAGACGCCGCUGGUCCAGCUGAUGAAGUCCAAAGGAUCCGAGAAGAUCCGCAUGGCUCUAGGAAGCUAUGUGGACUAUCUAAAAACAGAGUUCACCCAGGGGAUGAUCCUGCCCACUGCGAACGGCAUGGUGCAGCUGCAGUCCACCUCGCAGUCCAAAGCCAAGGCGGACAAAACCCAGAUUUCAUCUUCAAGCAGCACUGUGGCGCCGGUCCACACGGGCGUGAAGAUCCCCACGUGCAAGUUCAGCAUUAGGGAGACGUUCCUCACGUCGCCCGCAGACCUCUACAGAGUCUUUGUCAACCAGGAGAUGACUCAAGCGUUCACACACGCUCCAGCGAUGGUGGACGCAGAGAAGGGCGGCAAAUUCCGUCUUCUCGAUGGAAAUGUUUUGGGGGAAUUCACUGAACUGGUACCUGACGAGAAGAUAGUGAUGAAGUGGAGGUACAACAAUUGGCCCUGCGAGCAUUACGCCACCGUCACGCUGCGCUUCGGGGACCGCAGCAGCGAGACGGAGCUGAAGGUGGACUGUCGAGGCGUCCCCGACAACGACGAGGAGCGUACGAAAGAGGGCUGGAAGAGAUACUACUUUGAAGCCAUCAAACAGACUUUUGGCUACGGGGCGCGGCUCUACUGAAAACUCUUUGGCUUUUAGAUCAUCCUCAUCAUCAUCAUCAUCAUCAUCCUCCACGAGGCUCAUCUGUGUGCAAAUGUUUUCAUAUUUAAUUCCCAAGUCUGUUUUUAGUUGCCUCUCUUCAGUAUUCGGUCCAAUUUAAAAGGAGCAAGUGGGCGGAGCCUAUGUGAGAAGAACCACUAAUUGGCCUCGACAGCGAUGUUAUUGCAGAACUGAAAAACUAAAUAAAAAUGUUGGUUUGCCGUUAAUUUCACAAACUGCUGCGAAACUGAAUGUUGAUUUUUUUUACUCCAGGAUGCAACUGUAGCGCCGAUGCAUGCACGACAGCACCUGCGCAUCCGCCCUUUCAUGCAAGCAUCUCACCAAGCUCCUCCCAGCUGGUCAGCGUCCUGCACAAAUGUCUCUUCUCUAGGUUUUAGCGAUCCUAUUUAUAUCCCCGUGUAAAAAGUCACCUUUAUUGGAAUAAAAGACAUCACCGCG